CCGAAUCUUUGAUUGGCGGAAAUAGCUACAGGGGAAAAGACUCCUAGCGCAGAAGCAACCCCUGGGAUGCGAAAGAUUCCUAGGUAGGCCUAUUUUCCGUGGUGUGACCAGGAGCAGAUCAGAUGCCUUUCAGGUUGCUUCUAUUUCCUUCCCUUAGAGAGACGAGGGAGGAGCUGCUAGCGGCUGGUCAGUAGAACUUUAACCGGACACCAUAUUGGCCUCUAGAUUUGCAACAAGUUUGGACACCGGGAAGAAGAGUUGACCUGCUGGUGUCUCAGUUGUGAAAAGUGGUACCAAGGGGACAUCAGUAAAACAGUUCCUGUAGCACGUGAUGAGUGAAGUGAAUGAAGAUGGCUGUUUCAGCACUCACAUGGGAGCUGUGCAGGAAAAUAACAAAUCUAUGCAAGAUAACUCAACCAAGAACAGUCAUGACAGUUCCCAGACAAGAAGUCAUUCUCCCAAAAGUGCCCAGCAGCAGUUCUGGGACUUCUCUUAUAUGCAAGUACCUGGACCACUAGAGGCUGCCAGACAGCUUCAGGAAUUAUGCAACCAGUGGCUGAUGCCAGACACCAACUCAAAAGAACAGAUCUUGGAAGCUCUGGUGCUCAAGCAGUUCCUGACCAUUCUGCCCCAGGCAAUGAAGAACUGGGUGCAAAAGCAUCAUCCCAAAGAUGUCCAACAGGCUGUUACUCUAGUCAGCUGCUUGGAGACACAGCCUGAUACAGUGUCCAGCAAGGACUUAGUAACAUUUGAAGAUAUAGAAAUGCAGUUAUCUGAGGAAGAAUGGGGUAUACUGAGCCCUUCCCAGAAGACACUCUACAGGGACGUAAUGCUGGACAUCUACAAGCUAACAACCUCUCUAGGGCUUACGCCAAAAAACGUCAUGGGAAAUGAUCAGCCUGGAUCUGCUGCUACAUCAACAAUAGAAGCGAGACCAUCGCAAGCAUCAAGGGCCAGAAAGAAAGCUUCCCGGAAAAAACACAAGGAUAAGCGCAAGGUGCAGGCUCCUCCAGGCACAGAAAUAGGGGUAGCUUCAGUUUCUCAAAAGCAGAUUCUAAGACCUGUGGCUCACACAGAAAGCAACAUAGUACACAAACCAUAUAAAUGUCGGCAGUGUGGGAAAAGCUUCAGAAUUCCUUCUGAGCUUGCUAAGCACCAGAGAGUUCAUACCAAAGAGAAACCUUUUACAUGUCAACAGUGUGGUAGUACUUUCCGCUGGAGUUCAGAUUUUAAAAUGCAUUGCCUGGCUCACCAAGAAAUCAAACUACAUCAGUGCUCCUGGUGCCAGAAAUGCUUUAGUCGUAACGCAAACUUAGUUAAACACCAAAAAAUUCAUACAGGAGAGAAACCCUUUAAUUGUAUUGAAUGUGGGAGACUAUUCAUUCAGAAAUGUCACCUCAUUAAACACCAGCUAAUCCACAUUGCUGACCGUCCCUAUACAUGCAACCUGUGUGAGAAAACAUUUAACAGACGCUGGAGCCUUCUCAGACACCAGAGCAUACAUAGUCAGCAAACUCAGACAGAAUUCCCGUGCUAAGGAAAAUUAGCAUAUUGCAGGGACAGAAUGUAGAGAAGGUUAAGAGUCUAGAAAAUCAUGGAGAGUUAUGUUUCAUAUCAUAGAAAGAUAUCAUAGAAAGUCUACACUGUUUGCUACUGCAUUUCAUUUUCAGUGUUAACCACACAGUUUUUCUUAUGACUUUAAGAAUAAAAGAAAUGAGAAUGUUUGUCAACUAUGUCUAUAGCUACAUUUUUCUUUGACACUAUCCUCUGGUGUCAGAUACCAUGAACUCUGAUUUUAUUCUUCACACUUUCUCAGCAGAGGUGUAAAAUGCUAUUAGCGCCCAUGACGGCAGGAGGAAUUUAUAUGCAUGAGAUGGUUUCAGUGGCUAUAAUGUUUAUCUCCAUAGACGACCAAAAUCAAGUAUCACUUUAUGAACAAGAUGAGAGGAUUGUGUUUCUCCUAAAUGUUACCAUUGUAGUUGUCACCCCGAGUGACAUUGUCUAAUUUCAAGGAAGUUUGGGGAGCACAAGAAGACCUGAAAGGCAACCCAAACCUAAAAAGCUGUAAGCACUUGAACUCCACUUGUGAUUCUCUCUCUGUACACACUCGUUAUCCAUCUCUGUGGAAGUGCAUGAGAGCAGGGAUUCUACACACUGAAAGCUUCCAAAUGGGAGCAUACCAUUCCAGUGCCGAAAGAGAGGUCUGCUUUUGUGAUCUCUUAAUCUUAAAUGAGUAUAGCUGAUUUUUCUAUAGAAAAGUGUGAGCAUUUAACUUACUGAUAAGGGCAGCGGGUUGGGGCUUAUGUGCCCUCUUUGGCAUGGUACACAUCUCAUAAUGGAAGGGGUCAUCAGGAAGUAGCCAGGCAAAGAAAAACCGGUGGCUUAUGAUCGAGUUAGAACCAGAGUAGACGGAAUCCUAGAUUUAUGUUGAAAUCACAACUGCUUGGCCAGGAGGAUUUUGCUUAAGAUGGCCGUAGAUUCAUUCAAGUCAGAGAAAUGAAUCCAGAUUUGUGAGUUCAUGAAAGAUGGAUUACAUUGUGCUAGCUACUUUAAGCAAGUACACACACACACACACACACACACACACACACCAGUGUGAAUUCACUCCACGAACUCAGGGAAUAAAAAGCUCCUUGAUAAGAAUAGUGUGAGAUAAGUUUUGGCUAACAACCAAAGACAAACUGGCCUUAAGCAGAAUUUUUAGUUAAUUAAUUAAUUAAUUAACAUCCCAACCGUAGUUUUCCUUUUCUCUCCUCCCAGUCCUCUCCCUUCCCCCAUCCACUCCUCACUUUCUCUUCAGGAAAGAUACAUCCCUUGAAUAUCAACCAGCCUUGGCAAUUCAGGUUGCAGUAAGACUAAGCUCAUCCUCAUGUCCUGAGGCUAGACAAAGUCACGGCCUGGCAGAAUUUGCCCCUUUUGAUAUGGAAAUAGAGCUUAAUGGGUGGCAGCCUUGGUGAGCAAAUGUUAACAAAAGUACACACUCAGUAACCAUAAACUCUUAAUUAUAUUAGAAGUAUGGCUUUACUUUAAAAAAAAAAAACUCUUUUUACAGUUUCUAUGCCUGCUUCGUGACCUGCCUAUCUUACAGGCCUGGUAGAGGAAGUGGUCCUUUAGUCAAGUUACACUUUUGCAUAACAAUAUUUCCUAAGCAAGCAUCUUGGUAAGCCCUUUAGAGUAACAGUUUAUUAUUUCAGCUGUUCCUUCAUCAUAAGGAAUAAAACACAAACACAGUACAUAGCCACAGUUUCUGUCCAUCCAUGAGGAAUUGGACUGUGGAAUUUGCUCUGCAGAUUAUGAGCCUCUGAACUGGGCAAUGGCGUAUAGAUGUUGCUUUGGGCUAAAUGAGGACUUAAAGGACAACUUUAUUAGGCGUUCAGGUCUGCUUGUACACACUGUUAUUGGAUAAUAAAAGGGGUAAUGAGAGCUGGCACUUUAGAGCAGAAGCAUUUGUUCCUGAUCAAUAUGGAAAGUUUUAUAUAGUUCUUGAACCUCAUCUCUGUAAAUUUAAUAAUUUUAGACUUAAAUUAUUAAUAAAUAAUAAGUGAGACUGAUGAGCCAGCAGUGACGGAACUUUAGCUCCUAUGACAGAAUUUGGUUCAGGCAUUUGGUGUUCACCCAUAGUUUUAAUUUUCCAUGAGGAUCUUGCUUAGUUUUCUGUAUGUAUAAGUGGAUUUUCUCAUGCACCUUUUCCCCGAUUUUAAAUUCUGAGCAUAUGAAGAAAAGUGAUGUUUCUAUUACUUAUAUUAGACUGAUUGCAUAAAAGCUUGUUUAUCUUUUCCUAUUUCUAAAUGAGCAUUUUAUUUCAAUUUGUUGGUAUAUUGUAUGCAUUAACUAUUUGAUGGUUGUCUGUUUAUUUUUGGUUGAUCUUAGGCAUAAAGGCAGCCUUGAUAAAAUGUUUGGUAUGGGGGCUGGAGAGAUGGCUCAGCGGUUAAGAGCACUGACUGCUCUUCCAGAG